UUUACUGUAGGUCUGCUGUGACCCCCCAUGCGUCUGGCACGGCCUCGAUUCUUCCCUUGGCAUCCUGCGGAGGGUCAGGUGUUUGAAAUCUGUGAAAAGAGAAGAAAAAAAAUCUAUCCAUUCCGCCUUGGAACAUGACACCCGAACUCAGGAAAACUUGUAAUUUACCCCAAAAUGUCAAGUUUAUUUUCUGACAGAGUUCACAAUUGCGCCAUCUUAAACCCUUGCCAAAAACACACAGGCUAAAAGAAAAGAGAGACUUUUCUCAGCUCUCCUGAAGGGUACUUUGACUCCACGGAACUGCCUCGCAUGCGAAAGAGAGACGAAGCCACAGCCUUUGUGGACGGGGAGGAGGAUACAGGGAACACUCCGCGCACCAGUCCAUCCCACGGCGCACUGCACUCUCUGCUGCGCACCACGCGGGUCCGAACAUGGAAAACAGAAUCAACGGAAAGACGAGCACCACCAGCACGUCGACGCCCGAUUCCACCGAGACGAGAGUAAGUGGCUUAAUUGAAGCUGGUUUCGUCAAUGCCAAAUCAUCCCACGAGUCACAGUCUCUGACUUGCAUGUCCUCGACCGCGCGUCAUUUUGGAAACGUCGGCCCUCUGUUCCACGGGUUGAAUUCGAGCAGCGGCGACGGGCCGCUUUACAGAGACUUCGGCGUGCACGACGCCCCGCCCGCCGUGAAACAAUUCUACGACCGCGGAGGGGAAUAUCUCAAGUGUGACGGUGUGCCGUGGGAGGAUUUCGCCAAAGUUCGGAGGACGAACGCGGCCACGUCCGAAAGUUUGCCGAGCGCAGGUUUGAGCCUCUCCGCGUCAAUAGCGGCGUUCAGGUUCAUCAAAGACGAGAAGGAGCCCUCGGUGAUCAUGGAAUCGCCCUGUCCCAACUUUGAUCCAUCCUCGGAGAUACCUGCCCUGGACACCUGCUGCGACGCCGACAGGAAGCUGGGGCUCAGUGACGGGGAGUCGUCGGGCUUCGCGCCGGCCGCGGCGGGUCCUCCGACGGGACUGGAGGGACCCCCGAACUUUCUGGUCGACCUGAACCAGUCGGAGCAGCUGCCGGCGCCCGGCCAGGUGACGGCCCACUCCAGGUCCGCCUCGAACGUGGGCCAGCAGCUGACGGUGUACAAGAGCGAGCCCCCCCGCUGGCCGACGCAGACGUCUCCGGCCGAGCCCCAGUACUGGUGUCAGUCCGCGGGGGGGACCGAGGACCUGUUCACGCUCGGCGGCUACGAUGGGAUCCAGAACCAGGCCAUGACCCACAGGAACCCGGCGCCUUUCUCCGCCUUCCCCGGUAUGCCACCUCAGCGGCUGUGUGUGAUCUGUGGGGACGAGGCGUCUGGCUGCCACUACGGAGUCUUGACCUGCGGGAGCUGCAAAGUCUUUUUCAAGAGAGCAGUUGAAGGUCAUCACAGCUAUCUCUGCGCUGGACGAAAUGACUGCAUUGUGGACAAAAUUCGACGGAAAAAUUGCCCCGCGUGCCGCCUUCGAAAGUGCUACCAAGCUGGAAUGAUGCUCGGAGGCAGGAAGCUGAAGCGCUUCGGGGCCUUGAAAGCGUUGGGUUUCCCGCCUUCCAUGAUGUUCCAGUCCCACCUGGCCAUGUCCAGCGACAACCAGGCCUUGACCUCCAUGUCUUGCUUACCGGGCAUCUGCGAGGUGCAACUCUCCCAGCAGAUCCUCAAUGUCCUGGAGAACAUCGAACCGGAGACCGUGUACUCCGGCUACGACAGCAGCCAGUCCGAGGGCCCGCACAUUCUGCUCAACAGCCUCAACAGGCUGUGCGAGAAGCAGCUGCUGUGGAUCGUCAAGUGGUCCAAGUCCCUGCCAGGGUUUCGCAAUCUUCACAUCACUGAUCAGAUGACCCUCAUCCAGUACUCGUGGAUGAACCUGAUGGUGUUCUCUCUCGGGUGGCGCUCCUUUCAAAACGUCACCAGUGAAUAUUUAUACUUUGCACCUGAUCUGGUUCUUAGUCAGGAGCAAAUGAGGAGAUCUCCGAUUUACGACCUGUGCCUGGCAAUACAGUUUAUCCCCCAAGAGUUCUCCAAUCUCCAAGUGACCCGCGAGGAAUUUCUCUGCAUGAAAGCCAUAAUAUUACUCAACACUGUGCCUCUCGAGGGACUCAAAAGCCAGGCAGCAUUUGAAGACAUGAGACAAAACUACAUCCGGGAGUUGACCAAAGCCAUCCACAUGAGGGAGAAGGGCUUGGUGGCGAGCUCACAGCGCUUCUACCACCUCACCAAACUGAUGGACGCCAUGCACGAUAUAGUGAAAAAGGUCAACCUGUUCUGUCUGAGCACCUUCAUCCAGGCAGACGCCAUGAGAGUGGAGUUUCCAGAGAUGAUGUCAGAGGUCAUUGCCUCCCAGCUUCCCAAAGUCCUGGCAGGCAUGGUGAGGCCCCUGGUGUUCCACACCAAGUGAAGAAGCCGGCACAGACAUCCGGUGAUUGGAUUUUUCCCCCCGCAAUUACUUGAUUAUUUUUAGCCUUUAACUAUUGUAGUCAGGUCUAUCUAUGUUUUCACCAAUUGCCUUUGAGGGUCUGUAACGGUGAAACGGAAGGAAAAACACAUUCCUCAAAGAUAUGUUGUCAGUACAGAGCUAUCUUGAAUACUAUAGAUUUACAAGUGCCUAAUGAUGAAGCUCCUCGGCUUCAUUCUGGUGUGUCCAAUCGGUUCCCUCCUACAGUUUGGGUUUAAACUAGCUGAUACAAGUAGGUUUUGAGAACCACUAAAGGAUAUUUUUGUACUGAAGCCAAGAAAUGAAUGAAAUAUUAUGGACAAAAAUGUCAAAUAAUCAGUGUCCUCUCCAACAUUUACUACAUUCACUAAUGAAGUUAUUUUAGGGAGACUCACUGCACCAAACCAAUUUUACUUUUAGAACAUGAGAUUUGGAGAAAGUGCAGUAAUUCAAUGAUAAAUAAAAGUUUCUGGUGCACUGAGUGAAACUCAAUAAUUGUCAUAAAGAAUUAGGAAAACAGGUCCAAUAAAUCACGCUGUUUAUUUAUAGACAUGUUGAUGCACUCUCAAGGUACAGUAGAUGACGGCAAGGAAUCAAGCUUGCCACAUAUAAAAAAGGAAUGCCAAAAGUUACAUAUUUAGGAUAUGAGUACCACUUCCCCUGCCAAUUCAGAGUGUAAGGGGGUUUUAUUCCAUUAUGAAUGCUCAAGGUCGCCUUGCACUCCUAAAAAUGUAAAUGGAAAAAGAACAUCAUGAUCCUCGCACAUGCAAGAUUUUUAACAGUUUACCCGAAAACAUUUUGGGUCACCAGAGAAAGUCUUACUUUAAAAUACCUUUUCAGUUUGUAAUAACUGAAGAGCAAAAUUGUUGAUUGAUUAUUUUCUUACUUCUUUAUUUCUGAAAUAGUAUCACUGUUUUCAAUAAUGGACCUUGUAGUUAGGAAAUGUUGUGACUUUAUAUAAAAACGAAAUAUCAAAUGGUAUCCUUAACAUAAUAUAAUCUAGAACAUGUCUUGUUAUCAUCACGGGUACAACAGUGUACCAAUGAGUACAGUACCACAG